AUGAGACUCCGAUAUGCCAUGGUAUGCUCUUCAAAUCAGAAUCGAAGCAUGGAGGCUCACUUCAUACUCAAAAGGGAAGGCUUUGAUGUUUCUUCAUAUGGAACAGGCACUCACGUCAAACUCCCAGGCCCUUCUUUAAGAGAACCAAAUGUCUAUGAAUUUGGCACCCCUUACAAGCAGAUGUAUGAUGAACUCAGACGCAAAGACCCUGAACUCUAUAAGCGUAAUGGCAUACUCCCAAUGCUGAAGAGGAACUUGGGUGUGAAAACUGCACCUCAGAGGUGGCAAGAAAACAUAGCAGAUGGACAAUUUGAUGUUGUAUUCACAUUUGAGGAAAAAGUUUUUGAUAUGGUUGCUGAAGAUCUUCAUACUCGUGAUCAUAUUCUUCUGAAACCUGUGUUGGUGAUAAACUUGGAAGUAAAAGAUAAUCAUGAGGAGGCUUCAAUUGGUGCUAGACAAACUUUAACAUUGUGUCAAGAGCUUGAAGCAACUGAUCGUUGGGAAGAUGUGAUUGAUGAUGUUAUAUCUACAUUUGAGCAAAGACACCGAAGAAAAGUCGUAUACACAAUCUCAUUCUAUUGACUUAAUGUAAUGGAUUGAUUCUAGUUAUAGAGCUUUAUGGUGAGAUAUAUAUAGUUGACUAGUGUUCAUAUGCUACUACUACUUUAAUGUCUAUGUAGCCAAAAUUGAUGUAAUUCUUUUGGGAUUUUAAAAAAUUUAGACUUGGGGUAAGUUUUUGUCAA